AUGACAAGUUUCUUAACUACACUUGCUAGCCCCAAUAAUCUUGAAAAAGUGGAGCCCACUGAAGAAGGCAAACAUGAAAACGAGGAUAAUUGCGCUAUAAGUGCAGAUAUCGUCACUGUAACCAAAGACCCUAUGAUUAAUGAUAGUUCAGCCUCGGAUUCCUGCAUUAUGCAAGCUGGUGAUUGUUCCGCUACCUCUUUCAACAGUCAAGCAGUCACUUCUCAAGACCAUUCUUUCUUUAACUCUGCCAUCUCAGUCAGGACUUCCGCUUGCUCUGCUCCACAUCCGUCCACGGAUUCGAUAAUCUCUGUUGCAGCUGGCCCUUCUUGUUCUUCCUCGCCCCGCGUUUGGGCUGAGCGGCCAACCGAAAAUAAAGCUUUAAUCGGAGAUGGGGAUAUUUUGACCUCAAUGGAAGCUCAGAGCCCGUCUACUGGUGAAUCUGAGAGUAAUUCUCCUUCAAAGUCUCAAGACGUUUUAAAGCAUUUUGAAGAAGGUGUGUCUCCUUUCUUGCUCAGAUUACUGCCAUUGUUCGUCAAUUUGAAAUAUCAAAUUAAAAUAUAUUUGAUUCAGCUUACGAUAUGCUCCAUGAGCUUAUUCCGAAAAGCCUACUUAGUACAGCUUUACAUUAGUCCUGUUUAUCUCUUCCUUAUAGUCUUUACAAUACAGGCCAGCCAUAUAUUUCUUCGGACAUUUAUUCCAUUCCUUGCAGAGUUUGUUUCUUAA